AUGAUUCGGUUCCCUCAACGACAGAGAAGGCGUCCGACACUACCGAAAAAGAUCGAACCCCUUCCCGCCGCAGCAAUAGAUUCAACAAAACAAGAGCUAGAAGCCGAAUCACAGCGGCAGCAGCAGCAAGUGGAGAGAGACGCGUCCCUUGAAUACCCGCCGCCGCUCCCACAAAAGCACCCAAGAUCGUACAUAUACCAGGCAUCGGGAAGAGUACACCCCCGCUCCCCUUCAGAGAAUCAGAGUAGUAGCAGUAGCCAUAAACGCCAAAAGCUAGAUGAAGCGCGGAAAAGGGAGCCGGGCAAAUUCUCCACGACCCUGAGUUCGCUGGACAAUCGAAGCAAUGCUACUGCUUUUGACGAUGAUGCGAGCUUUAGAUAUGCGGGACAGCCCGGGCCUAGCAUGUUUGGGUUCGAGGUGAUGGAAGGAAUGUGUGGCAUUUCUGGCUUCUCUGGCCGCGACGAUGACCAUCAGCAGCACCAGCAGAAACAGACGGGAACCGCACGGCGACAGGACCUCCUAGCCCAACUGCGCGCGCUGGAAACACGACAGGUAGAGCUGGAUAGUUGGGAGAAGAGCGUGGAGGAUAAGUUUGCCUGGCUGGAUAGUGCGCGCGAGGCGGCGGAGAAGAAGCUUGCGUGGUUGACGAGGGAGGAGGAGGCGAUGAGGCGCAUGUUGAUGUGGUUGCCUGAUGAGCUGCGGGUGGUGGAGGAGAGGCGGGCACAGGCUGUGCGGGAGCUGGCGGCCACUGAGGGGAGGGGAGAGACGGUGUUGAAUCCGCUUGAGGGGUUGGAGGGUGGAAGUGGGAAUGGGAAUGGGAAGGGGGGAGCGGGAGGGGAGAAGGAUGGCAUUGUGACUGAUGAGGAGAUGAUUGGGUAA